CGCCAUGGCCGACGAAAAGCCCAAGGAAGGAGUCAAGACUGAGAACAACGAUCAUAUUAAUUUGAAGGUGGCGGGGCAGGAUGGUUCUGUGGUGCAGUUCAAGAUUAAGAGGCAUACACCACUUAGUAAAUUAAUGAAAGCCGAUUGUGAACGACAGGGUUUGUCAACGAGGCAGCUCAGAUUCCGAUUUGAUGGGCAGCCAAUCAAUGAAACAGACACACCUGCACAGUUGGAAAUGGAGGAUGAAGAUACAAUUGAUGUGUUCCAGCAGCAGACAGGAGGUGUCUACUAAAAAGGGAACCUGCUACUUUACUCCAGAACUCUGUUCC